UGGUUUUGGUCAUAUUCUUUCCACUGAGCUGGCUUCUUUGCACCUGUCUUACCCUCUGAAGGAAACAAGAGGCUAACGCUUAGGGAGGACGACAUGAUGGGAGAUAAAAUUGCCAGAAUUUUCCAGGUAUAUGCUCCUAGCCUGUACAUAACCGAUGAUGACAAUGUGGCGAUAUUCCCGGGAUCGUCUGGACAUUUCAGCUGCUUGGACCUUAGACCUUGAGGCCACUAUGAGGUUCAUGGGGAUGAUAUUGCUCUACCAGUCGCCGAGCAGACUCCUCCAUUGUCAGGCCAGAACCGUUUCCAGUUCCACCGUCCAGCACAGCCCACUGCUGCUCUGGGAUCACCUGCUUAGGCCAUUGCUCCCACUACCCCUCGAGCAAGCAUGAGUAACACCUUCCAAAGGUCUGUUUUCAUUGCUGAGCUCAGCCAGGGGAAACUGAAGCCUGCCCGUAUGGUUGUACUCAGACUGUUUGAGUUUGAAGCCACAACCACAGGUAUCCUUGCAAAAAUACAUGAUGCCCUGCAGAGUGAUGGCCCUCUCAUCCUGACUGAUGCCCAGGGAAAUGAGAUUGUGGACUCUGAAGGGACAAGAGGAUCCAAGUAUUGGAAGCAAAAUGCAAAAAAGUUUCUUGCUGUCCCAGAGCAGAUCUUCCAUGAGUUCCAGCAAGGAACAAAGGGAAAGAAACUGAGUCAUAAAGACAUGGACUCCACAGGUCUUCAGGGGGUCCAUGAUAAAAUAAAGGAAGUGAUCUUGGCUGCUCAAGGACUGAGUGAGGUCACCCAAGUCGUGAAGGACCUGUCAACACAUGCCAACAACACCAGGGGUGCCAUGCUGUUUCCGACCAACACCAUGAUAACACACAUAAAGGAUGCCUUUGGUUGUAUUGUAUGCAAAGGGCUAAUGGAAGAGCCUGUGAUUGCCGUAUGCUGCAAAAGCUUUGUUGGCUGCAAAAACUGCGUUGACCAGUGGAUGCUGACAUCUGACCAGUGCCUCAAAUGCAGGGCAGAUGAGUUCUCUGUCAAUGCUCACAGGCUGACCAGUCUUGACCAUCUUCUCUCCUCAUUGGCUGGUGUAAUUAAGAUGGAUUAAUCCUUUAAGUGUGAUUGUAUCACAUUCAACGAUUUAAGCUUGAUUACCUCUGUUCCAGCUGGCUAAUAGCCUUGUUCUAAAUCCAGUUGGAAUUUUGCACUUGUUCAACAGCUGUAGAUACAGAAUAGUUUUAUUUUUAUGCAUUUUUUGUAUUUCAUGUUGCACUUCAGACCAAUAUUGUGUAAUGUUUAACUCUGCUAUUGUAGCAAUUUUAACAAGUGUUUGAUUUUGUUAAGGGAAAGUAACAAAAUAUACAGUAUAUCCAGAACCAACUUGCCUUUAUUUGACAUGUUCAUGCAUAUUGCUGCGUAAUGUUUAUCAGAUACAGCAAUGCAUCUUGAAAAGGUACGAAGUUAUAGUUUACCACGUUAUCUAAUAAAACUGAAAUAUCAGGGUAUUCUUCAGCAAAAAGUUGUUCUGCUGAUACUUUGUCCUCCUCAGUUGAGAAGGGGUCCGUUCCAAAGCAGGAGACUCCAGUUAGUGAAGAGCCAACAUCCUGCUCGUACAUGUCUGCUGCUCGGAAGGCAUGUGGCAACAACUCCUCUCCCAGUUUCUUUGGACAUCCUCCUGCUGCAAGGCGAUUGGGUGUUCCUUUGCCUGUGAAGCAAAGCAUAGGUCACAAAAUUUCAUUGUUAAAAUUCAAUGCCAAAUUUAAAUUAAAAGUUCACAAAAAAGGA